AUGGUCAAACAUAUUAGGGAUUGUCGGGAAAGAGGUCGUCAGCGGACAAUAUUUCCGAAGGAUGACGGGGAGACAAAGGAGGACGGGACCAUACAGGCAGGUAAACCAACGACAAUGUUUAAGAACCACAAACAUACCACGGAUGUACCGUUUUCAAUCCAGGCUGACAUUGAAUGUAUGAUCGUAAACAUUCCGGACGAACACUGGGAAAACAGGGAUGUCGGACUAGGGAUGAAGAAGAGAUUUAGGAAAGUACAUGUGCCGUAUAUGGCCGGGUUUUCCGUUACGUUAAACAUGGAAAUCGAGGGUUUUGAACCAAUCAUGGAGACUAUCAGGAAAAGGGACGACGACCAUGAAGGAGUUCUGCGACGCAGAGAGAGCCUAUCCAAAGAAAUCCUACGGUAUCAUGUUUCCGGAAAUGAAGGUGGGAAAACAAGGGCUUUUAAUCAAAGGUUUAUCGACAACGCCAACUUCCUGCAAUUAAUCUUCCUUACAAAAACUGGCAGAGAACCUGCCGGAAGACGGAUUUAAUUAUUUGGAGAAAUUUGUCGGAAAGGAUCCAAUCCUAAAACAGAAGGAUGUAUUUCCAUACGAGUAUAUUGACUGUAUGAAGAAGCUGGACGAAACAUGUCUUCCUUCCAAGGAGGACUUUUUCUCAUCGUUGACGAACAAGGGAAUUUCCAACAAAGACUACACCAGAGCACAGGAGGUGUGGAAGAGGUUCGGAUGUAAAAGCCUGUGGGACUACUCGGAGGUCUACCUUAAAACGGAUAUCGCCCUUCUUACGGACUUACGCCCGUAUUCUAAAAGCUCACACACACACACUCACACUCAAUGAGUGGAGGUUCAAUCUGAGUUUCUCUUGAGCGUCAAUGCUGUUUUUGAAUAGCUGGAGGGGUAGUGCCAUGCCUUACUACGUGACUGCUCACCUUCCAGCUAUUCAAAAACAGCAUUGGCACUCAAGAGAAGCUUAAUCGAACCUCCACUAAUUGAGUGUGAGUGAGCUUUUAGAAUACGGGCGAUAUUCGAGGACUUUCGGAAAAUGGCCAAGAGGACCUACAGUUUGGAUCCGUUAUGGUACUAUACGGCCCCCGGACUGUCCCUGGACGCGGCGCUGCGAUUUACGGGGGUAGAGUUGGAGCUGCUUACCGAUCCGGACAUGUACCUUAUGAUUGAAAAAGGUAUUCGCAGUGGAAUAUGUAUGGCUGUGACGAGGUAUGCCAAAGCAAAUAACGUCUACCUAAAGGACUACAAUCCACACAGGAGAAACAGCUGUUUUCGGUAUUGGGACGCCAACAACCUUUAUGGUUGUGCUAUGUCAGAACCUCUUCCCGUCCGAAUUUCAAGUGGAUAGAAGCGGACUAGCUGGAAAACUGGCGAGAGCAUCCGUGUUUUUUGGAGGUGGAUUUAAAAUAUCCGGAGAGACUGCACGACCUACACAACGACUAUCCCUUAGCGCCUGAAAGGAUAAGGAUUGGGAAGGUGGACAAGCUGAUUUGCAGCUUAAGCGACAAGGAAAGGUACGUCGUCCAUCACGAAGCGUUAAAGUUUUACGUCGGUCUUGGACUGGAAAUCACAAAAGUACACCGAGGAAUAACAUUCGAAGAAGAGGACUGGCUGAAACCUUAUAUUGCAAAGAACACGGAGGAAAGUAAAAAGGUAAAAAGUAAGUCGGAAAAGAACUUCUUCAAGCUUAUGAACAACGCCGUGUUUGGUAAGACGAUGGAGAACGUCCGAAACCGUGUGGAUGUGCGGAUGGCCACUUCGAAGAAGCAGAUCAACAAUCUGGCCAGAAAGACAAACUACCAGUCCUUCAACAUCAUCUCGGAAAACUUGACUUCCGUGAGAAUGCGGAGAUCGGUCGUGAUGCUGGACAAACCCAUUUAUUUGGGAGCUGCCAUUUCGGACUUGUCCACAAUUGUGAUGUAUGACUUUUGAUACAACUACGCAAAGCCCACAUGGGGUGAUAGGGUCAGACUGAUUAUGACGGACACAGACAAUUUAUUCGUACACAUUGAGACGGACGACGUGGAUGUGGACAUCCUUAAAAGAGGUGAUCAUCUCGAGUACUUUGAUCACAGCAACUACAAGGAGGACCAUCCGAUGUACUUCUGCGACAACAAAAUGGAGCUCGGUUUCAUGAAAAACGAAACAGGUGGAAGAGAUAAGCGAUGUGUGUGCCAUCCAAGCAAAGAUGUACGCAUUCAGGAUGAGCAACGG